AUGGGAGAUUCACAACAAGCUCAACGAAAGGAGAAUACUACCGGUUAUAAUUCAUGGAGUCCAGCAGAAACCAAAACUUUGAUAAAUUUACUUUUAAAGGGUGUUGCUGCAGGUUGGCGUGAUGCAAAUGGAACAUUCAGCAAGUUAACUGUUGAAAAAAGAAUACUACAUGUCAUUAAUCAAAAUCAUAAGUGUGUCAAAACUACUCAAAUAGAAUUGAAGACCUUGAAGAGAAAAUAUCUAUAUCUAAGAGCAUCAUUAUCGAUGAUCUUUUGUGGGUAUCAUUAA